GGCCAAACCCUAUGGGAGCAAGACCAGGUCCUUCAGGAACAGAAAUUGUGGUUUACCCCGAGGUCUCAACACCAGGACCCCCAGGGGGGCCUCCUCCUCAAGAGCAGGCUAAAGGUCAAGAAGGACAAUCACCAGGGAUGGGUGAUGAAGGUGAAGGUCAUCAACAUCCUAUACAAGAUGGCAGCCAGCCACUUAGCCCAUGGAAGCAGCCACAAGCUUCAGAUAGUAGUAAAGGUUCAGACAUAAAGCCAGAUGCUCAAGGAAGACCAGCUGAAGGGCAUUCAUCAAUGCCUGCUAACUAUGGACAGCCAUAUCCUGGACAAAUGCAAGGUCCAGAAGGAAUGUACUCGUUGCCACAAUAUCGUGGCCAUUAUGUUCCAAGAUUUCCAGGUCCAUACACCCAGGGCCAACCACCACCUUAUAGUGCUUAUCCCAGAAUGCAUCCAGGUCCUAGUGGUUCUCCGAGGAUGGCUCAUCCUUAUCAAUAUCCAUAUCAACCUUCACCAGAAUAUGCACCGGAUGCAUCUGGUAAAUUUGAGAAUGAAGCAGUUGCUGCUGAAGCUGAGAGAGAGGAAGAAGAAGAGGAAGAGGAGGAAGAGGAAGAAACUGAACAGCUAGGGAUGAUCAAGGUUACAGAGAUAUCGCCCAAGACCACAGAGGACACUCUGACCUACUUUUUUGAGAACAGAAAAAAAACUGGAGGAGGGGAAAUCGAUGAAAUGGACUUCAGGAAAGAGUCCGCUACAGCUAUUAUAACAUUCAAAGACCCUGCAGUGGUUGAACGUGUCCUACAGAAGCUACCAUUACUGUUAGAGAAAAAGCAGAUCAAAGUGGAGCGAUUUGUCCCAGAGAGCUACAAUUCUGGAGCUAUGGGUAAAGACAGCAGUGAGGAAGAAACCAGUGAUAAAGAAGAGACUAAACCGUCCUGUACGAUAGAGGUGCGGGGCGUGAAGGAGACCACCAGCAUAGACACAAUUGAACUUUAUUUUGAAAGCAAGAAGGCCGCAGGAAAACCUUUAGAAAUUGUGAAGCUCGAUGAUUCAGAACGGGAGGAGGGUGUCAUCUACAUUACAUAUGAAACUGAAGACGUGGUGAGAGCUGUUGUGGAAAGAGAACACAAACUGGAGGGGGGCAAAUUGGAAGUGAAACAGUACAUCCCACCGCCACCACCAAACCCACGCCCUCUGUAUCCUGAUAAGGUGCUCAUAAAGGGAAAGAAUCCAGACACAACAAAAGAUGGACUAGAAAAUUUCCUGGAGGCAAAGGCUAAUGUGACGCCAACACAUUAUUUACCUGGAGAAGAGGAGGACACUGUACUUGUGACAUUUGAAGAACCACCAGAUUUUGAAAAACUGGAACUUGCUUGUAAGAAGAAAGCAUUGGAUAAGCAUUUCCUGAAGGUGUUCCGAGUGCCGAUAUCUAAUUGUAUCCUUGUAAAAGGGGCUGGAGAUAAAACAAGCCUGAGCACACUAGAGUUCUACUUUGAAAACACCCGUAGGAGUGGAGGGGGUGACGUGAUGGAGGUCAAGAACCAGGAAGAUGGAUCCUACCUUGUCUACUUUGAAGAUCACACAGUGAUUGACCAUGUCUGUGGGCGCUCCCAUACUGUGGAUAGCCAUACCCUUGAUGUGAAACUUUACCAUGAGCUGAUAGGGGACUCUGGAGAAGAUGGACCAAAAUUUAAGGUUCCAGAUGUCUUGGUUAUCACUGAUCUAGAUCCAAGGAAGAUCCAAUUUGUUCAGUAUUCUCAACCAAACAAAGAUGGUUUAGAAAAACAGUUAACUGCACAACAUACAAAAAUCAUUUGGCCAGAAAAGCUUGCCGAUCCAGUUAAACUUGAAUGUCUGUUGACCAAAGAAGUUAAAGAUUGUCGGAAUUUGGCCAAAGAAUGGAAGAAGACAGCACGGACAAGUCUGGACAAGUUUCUGGAUGUCCUACUUGUCUACAAACAUCAGAUUCUCCAGGACGCUUGGGAUGGUGUAAUGGCACAGCUUCAGAAUAUGAACAUAUCUCACCCUGAUGGUGUUACAGUAGCCGUGGAAAAAGUCCGUUUUGAAAUUUUCGUCAUGGGGCACAAGAAGUUUGCAACAGAAGUUUCUCAAAGUGUGGAAAAAAUCAUUGGAGAGAUUGCUGAUGAGUUAGAUAGAAAGAAGAAACAAGUUAAAGAAACAACUUCACCAAUGAAACAUCACCAAGUUGUCAUGUUGAGCCUUACACAUUUCAUUGAUACAAUGGAGAAGAAAUAUCCCGGGAUGAAAGUCAUGUUAGAUUUUAAGGCCAGAACAGUAACAUAUGAAGGGUUGUAUGGAGAGGUGACCAGUGCAAAGUUGGAAAUGUAUGAAAUGAUCAAUGCUAUGGUGUCCAGUGAUGUGGGUGAUUUCAACAAGGGCAGGUAUGCUUACCUCCAAGACAAGGCUGUGAAACAGUAUGUUGCAGGAAAGAUGAAAGAGGACAAAAUCAUGUCUGUUUGGGAAAUGCAGGACAACCGUUUUGUAGUGUAUGCUAUGACGGAUGAUGCUGCAGUUCGUGCGGCACACAUUCUGAGAGAUUCGGUUCUAGAGACCAUUGUUGAUGUGAAGAAGGAAUCCUCUUCUCUCCUGUCAUCAGACCGUUGGGCCAGCGAGGAGCAGUCCAUCAAAGAUUCAUGCAGUGUAAUGGUACAAAUGAAAGUUCAGAUGAACAAACCUUGUAUUGUGAUUUACUCCACUGAUAGAGAUGCUGGGAUGGUGAGAGAACGGGUGACUGAUUUCUUAACCAUGAACACUAUUUACAACACCAAAUUAUCAAUCAGCACAGGAAUGCUAAGGUUUCUUCAAGCCCAUUGCGUCAAUGAGAUUCGUGCCAUCGCAGAUCGGCUCAAAGCAGACCAAGUCUCAAUUGAUAUAGACAACCUUGGUGUGGAAAUCAAAGGAACCGAGGUAGGACUCAGUAAAGCAAAGAUGGAUAUAGGUAAUGUCAUUGACAGUGUCGAGAAAAAAGAACAUAUCUUAAAAAAACCAGGCAUCACCAAACUGAUGACAUCUGAAGACAGUAAACCGAAAGUAAGUCAAGUGGAAAAAUCUCAUGGUGUCGUAAUCGUGCCGAGCGAUGAGAGCGAAGAUGAUGUCAGUGGAGGAGAGGCUGGAGGUGGGCCGACUCCUGCACCAAGAAGACGAGACGGUAUACAAGAAAUGGCGAGGUGUUCCCAGCCUAACUAUCAUCUCAUGGUUAUGUUGGGGGACAUCACCAACCUCAAGGUAGAUGUGCUGGUCAACGCAGCAAACAAGGAACUCCAGCAUGCUGGAGGGCUCGCAAAGGCUAUUGUGGACAAAGGAGGGAAAAGCAUACAGCGGGAUUGCGAUGAACACAUCAAACGACACAGCCGGCUGUUGGAGGGUGACGUGUACUUGGGGAAGCCUGGGAACCUCAAAUGUAACUUCAUUGCCCACGCGGUGGGACCAGUAUGGCAGGGAGGGCGAAAUAACGAGGAGGACAUGCUACGGGAAGCAGUGUUGAAGUCUAUGGAGGAAGCCAACGACCAUAAUCAGACAUCCAUUGCAUUGCCAGAUCUUGGAGCAGGUACGCAACUACGUAUACAUGGGAAAUCUUUACACCUUGUAGAUGUGGCACCCUCAUUUUCUGCCGGCCCCAUUGAAACUAACAUCUCUAUCAAGCUGGUGAAAGGACAGAUAGCCAAACAGAAGGUCGAUAUAAUUGUGAACACCUGCUCGAAGGACCUGAAGUUGAGUAACGGAGCAGUUUCCUCCUCCCUUCUGUCUGCUGCUGGGACUCAGUUGCAAGCAGAAUGUGAUCAGAACUACCAGGGCAUCACAUUCGGAGACAUAGCCGUCACUAGCGGGUACAGCCUCGCGUGUCGGAAUGUCUGUCAUGGAGCACUGCCGGGCUGGGAUGGCGGAGCUUCAUCUCUGGCAGUCCUACAGAAGUUCAUGUUGGCAUGUUUGCAAGAGGCAACCACUAAAGGCUAUCUGUCUGUAGCAUUCCCAGCCAUGGGAACUGGUAACCUUGGUUACCCACGCGACCUUGUGGCUAGGGAAAUGUUUAAGAUAGUGACAAAUUACUCCAUUCAAAAUCCGUCCAGUUCUGUGAAGAAGGUCUGUUUUGUCAUCUAUGACAAGGAUGCUCCAACCAUCAAAGCCUUUGAGACUGCAGAAAAGUCACGGGGCAUGUCUCGUGGUCCUAGUACCCGACAUUCACGAAAUUUAGGAGACCCAGGCCAGCAAUACGGUGGUCACCCCCAUGAUCACCAGCAACAUCAAGGUAUUUUGGACAUGGGCAGGGUUUCCUCCAGACAUUUCACCUCCACGGAGACACUGGAUGAGACUGCCAUGCUCAAAGCACCUUUGCCUUUUCACACAUCCCCAGUGCUAUUCCCUUAUCACAGUUCACCGCUUAGAAGGGCAUCCCCAGUAACGUUCAGCCUCGAUACUGUCGAUCAAUACGAUGCAGACAGUGAAAACUUACAGGAAGAUGAGGAAGUGUUGAGUUCAAAUCCAAGAUAUUUGCAUCACUCAAAGUCAGAAAUAAUAUCAAGUGACAAAGAUAGGUAUGCUGGGCACCGGUUACGUCGACAAGCAAAACCGUUCUGCCAGUCUAAAUCGGUUCCACAAAUACUGGAGGAGAAGAAUGCAAAUAGCAUUCUUGACUCAAGGUACAAACUGGAGGAUACAGAUGUGGACAGGGCGAUGGGAAUCAUUAGAAAACAGUUCCCUCAUAUUGGAGGUUUACAAGAUGCUUCUGUAGUAGCACUGGCGUCUCUGGAGAACAUCAGUAAAAAUUACCAGGGGGAGUUCAUCCAGAUAUGUCACACGGGCAAGAACCACUGGGUGACAAUCACCAACCUGCUGUGCCAAACGUCACAAAGCCAUGUCAAGGUUUACGACAGUUUUUACAGAACCCCAACCAACCGAUUCGUUUUAGACCUUGCAUCCCUCCUGAAGCCCAAGAAGCUGUUUCUUACGCUAGAACUACCGAAAUAUCAGAAACAAAAUUUUAAAGGAGACUGUGGGCUCUUUGCUAUUGCUGCUAUGGUAAGCUUAGCCAAUGGCAAUGACCCCUCGAACAUGGUUUGGGAUUGUUCCAGAAUGAGAGGCCAUCUUGUUGAAUGUUUCUUGUCUGACAGUCUAGAUGAAUUCCCGAUAAUCGAUCACUCCAAUAUGGUUGCCAUUCCAGAAGACAAUUUUCAGGAGCAGAAAGCAUUCAGAAUUAAUCUUUGUGUUUCAUGCAGACUUCCUUUGAUUGGAAAAGACCAUGUGAUAGAAUGUAGACUAUGUGGAGAAAAAUUCCAUGAUAGAAAAGACUGUACUGGCAAUGAAGAACUGAUGUGUAAACUGUGCGAAUAUACAAUGUCAAAAUCACCACCAAGUACAGAUGAAUAUGAAGAGGUCACUUUGGAUCUCGGGGACAUUACGCUGAAGGUCUACCAAGGAGAUAUAACACAGGCUAAAACAGACGCAAUUGUAAAUGGAACAAAUGCAGAGUUUAAUUUGAAAAGAGGUCAUGUUUCUGCUGCCAUUUUGAAAUCUGGUGGACGCAGCCUUGAAAAGCAGGUGAAGAGUUUGGUCAAGCAGAUGAAGCAAACUGGAAUUGCAGUAACCACGUCUGAUCCAAGAGUAUCUGGGAUGCCAUGUGAUAUGAUCAUUCAUAUCGAUGCUGAGGAAACAAAAUAUGACUGGAAAGAUAAAUAUCUAAGGGCAAUGUCCGAGGCAGAUGACAGACAAUGCACUUCUGUUGCAUUCCCUGCACUGGGAACAGCGAUGCAAGGAAAUUCGGUUUCUGAUAUAGCCAGGAGUUUUGUUGAUGCCACUGUUGAGUUUAUGGACAGCAAACCAGAUAAUGUGACUAUGGUUCACAUGGUGAUAUACCAGCAGAGUAUGGUCCAGACUUUUCUUUCAACAAUGAAAACAGCAUUUGAAAAUCAGCGGAAUAAACCGAAGUCAUGGAAACAGAAGAUGAGCAAUAUGCUAUUUGGCAGCGCCAACAAUCCAAGAUUUUCUUGGAAUCCAAGCAUCAGGACGGUUUCACACGACAGGUCAAGUUACCCCAUUGCAGUAUAUGGAAGAAGCCAGGAUACAAUUUCAGAUGCCAUUGAUUCAUUGGAGAAUUUGCUUGGGAAAAACUUCAUUGAAAAAAAGUUUGAGGAUGGAAUUAUAAAAGAUUUCACCAAAGCACAAGAAAGACAAAUUGUAGCAAUGGAAGAUAAAUUCAACAUUGAAGUGAAAGCUGAUAUUCGCUUGGGCCGAAUCAGAUUACUUGGUCUGCUGGAAUGUAUCACUGAUGCUGCAGACUACCUUCAUAGAAUGAUCAGGGAUACGGAAAAGGCAAAACAGUUAGAACAAGAGGCGAAACUAAUUGUAGACAUGGUCCAGUGGAAUUUCAUUGAAGUAACCUCUGAUGGCGAAAAACUGAUUCCCUACCCAUACCAAAUCAACAGGUUACUGGAGAAAGGAUACAGAGAUAAAACAGACAAAGUUAAAUUUCCUGACAAUGAUGGAAAUAAGUAUGUUGUAGAUUUAAACUCCUUGAUUGAAUAUCCGGAGGAUCAAUCCCAAGAUACAGUGAAGGUGAUAAGAAAAUGUAAAAUAGAAGAUUCAUCAUUUGAGCCUCCCAGCGAUUGGUCUCCUAUGGCAGAUAAGGAUAAUGUCAGUGUGAUUCAGGUUCCAGCCUCUGACCCUACAUACGCUACUAUAAAUCAGAACUUCCAGAGUUCAGGAGUCGGGAAAACCAUCAUAAAGAUUGAGAGAAUACAGAACAGAACCCUUUACCAGCAGUACGUUGCCAAGAAAAAAUUGAUGGAUGCACAAAACCCUGCAGGAACCCAAAAUGAGAGAACACUGUGGCAUGGCACCGCUCCUGAAACAGUUGCCAGCAUCAAUACACAUGGCUUCAAUAGAAGCUAUUGUGGCAAGAAUGCGACUGUAUACGGAGAUGGUGUUUACUUUGCUGUCAAUUCCUCCUAUUCUGCCACCACCACAUACUCUCGUCCAGACCCAAGUGGUCACCAAAGGAUGUACCAAUCCAAGGUACUAACUGGAGAGUUCAUACAAGGUUCACAAGGAAUGCGAGUGCCACCAGUCAAGGGUUCAGGAGGGUCACAUAUUCUGUAUGACUCUGCUGUAGAUAGACCUGGCAACCCGGGCAUGUUCAUCAUAUUCAAUGAUACCCAAGCAUAUCCCGAGUAUUUGAUCACAUUUCAGUGAAAAAAAUAUGUAACAUAUUUAUAGGCCUAUUGUACUGUUGACCAAAAUUUUCGCCUUUUUUGCCCUUCGUAAUGAAGGCCAAUUCAUCAUUACAGUGAACAUUUGUAAACAGCAUCAAAUGUGGACGGCAAAAUUGGCAAAAAAUGAUUUUACGAUCAAAGGGCAAAAACUUUUGAGAUUCACACUUCUGCUUUUAACAGUUGAAUGAACGGAUCCUUGUACAGGAAGGACUAUAAAUCAUAUACGGAUCGAAUCUGGAAUCAGGAAACAGGAACACAUUUACUUGCACACCACAUGAGCGGCCAUAGCGAAGCGAUUCAAUUGCUUAUUGAAAAAUGGAGAUUUGUAAAAUUUUAAAAGUAGCCCUAUGGAAAAAACAGUCAUUUCUACUAAUAUUAACAGCUGUGAUUUGGGUCACAUGUGCUACUAUUAACCAAUCACAGAACCUGUAAUAAAAGCACAAAAACAAAUUUUGAAUUAUAAAACUGGCAUUUAAACCAUAUUAUGUUUAACAACUCAUGGCGUUCAUUUCAUGAUAAAACCUAACCUUGAAUUUCCUGGAAUAUGUUUUAUUUACCUACAUAAAUAAAAUAGGACAUGAGAAAAAAAAUCAGGUUACACAGUCAUGUUACAAAAAUAAAUUCAAGAUUUUAUUAUUACAACUUUCUUUCUGUUUUAUAACCACAUGUGUUUUUAUGAAAUCUGCCCAUCAUUUUGAACUACAAUUACUCUGUUCAAAGUUUCCAAAAUAUAUAGCGCUCAAUAAGAGGUUACAUUAUGGUUUAAUGUAUAAUAUUAACAACACAUUCUGAUUAUAUUGCUUAUAGGGUAGGAAUACAAUUUGCUAGCCCUGGAAUGGUUCUAUACACAGAUUAAAUUGAAUGAUGAAGAUUAAUUUCAAAGUUACAUGUACAUUAUAUUUGAUAGCACAAACAAAAUGACAAUUUCUGUACACUAAUUAUAGCCUUCAAUUUACUGUUUCCUUUAUUUCAUUUGUCACACCGUGAUGAAGAAAAGAACAAUUAUUGAUUUGUAUACCAAUUCAUUUUUAAGAAAAAUAGAUAUUAAGCAUCAUAUGAUAAUAAGACUUAAAUUGUAUUUUUAGCCAUGAGUAGUAGAAUGGGUGUUACACAUAUACAUGCUAACAAUCUUCAAGACUAUUUUGUACGAGACCAUGCUCAAGCAUGAAUUCUGUGCUCAAACCAACUUUCUUGUAAACCUUAAAUCCUGUCAUACUGUCAAAAAGUCAAGUGAAAAAAUUGGAAGUCAAGUGGGUAUUCUGCAUAAAGUCUCCCCAAAAUUCUUCCAUAGUGUGAAUAUUUGUAUUAAGUUAAAACUAGAGCAGGGAAAUUAUAAGCCCUGAGCACAGAAUUUAAGUUAAAUCAUGAAAACUGUGAGGGCCAAAUGAAUGGCUGUUCAAAUCACUGUUUGUCUCUGGACCAUGUUUUUUCUCCAUUGUCUUUAAUCUAUACUUGUACUGGAUUAAUAAAAUGUACUUCUCAGAUUUUAUUUGGAGGUUCUCACCGGCCUUACCUUGCAUAAUAGAUGAUUACUAAAUAUGUCUGCCAGGCAGCCGUCUUGGAUUUUGCAAGUUUAGAUAUGUUAUUGCAGUUACUCAAUUUAAAAAGUACUAUAGGGAUCUUUAUCAAAGUUCAUAAGUAGGUUUCAGCUGUUUUCAAUUAAAUAGUCAAGGCAAAAUGGAAGUCAGCAAAACAGUGUGAUCAAACCUGCAUGUAUUGUCAUUCAGUAUAAUGACUUAUGAACAUAUUUCUAAAUAAAUCGCCUCAUAUAUAGUUUGUGUUAGUUAUGUAUUUUGUUUUAAUAACCAUCUAAGUAAAUGGUAAAAAAAAAUGGUGUAGGACACUUUUGAUAAGUUUGUUUAGGUUUGCCUAGUGAUGUUAUAUAUAUCAAAGAUUUCAAAAAGUGGUUUACUGACAAAUAAUAAUACGGUACAUUCUACAAGUUGAUUGUGAUAUUAUGGAUGCUUUCAUGUGUUUUUGACAUCUGAUGAAAAUGUGACAAGAACAAGGCAUGUUUUUAUAGAUCACUGAUAAUUACUUCC